AUGGUGGACCGCACACAACGCCAGCCGUCGUGGCUGCGGACGACCUCGCAAAAUGUCCCCUGGCUUUUGUUGGCGACACAAUCCACUGCAUUUGUGUUGCUCUCUCAUUACUCCCGUGUCAUGACCCCCGCCGGGGGGAAGCGAUACCUCACCUCCACCGCGGUCUUCUUGAACGAAGUUGUCAAAUUGGCGAUUUCCCUCACAAUGGCCCUUUAUGACGUCUCCAAGACCGCCCCACCGUCGAUGCCUGCCACCUCCCUCUUCUUCUCCCUUACCAGCACAGUUUUUUCCGGUGACAGCUGGAAACUGGCUGUACCCGCCGCCCUGGGUGUUCUCUCGAACUCCCUCCAAUACAUUGCGCUUUCCAACAUGCGGGCGGCGACCUUCCAGGUCACCCUCCAGGUUCAAUUCUUGACAACUGCGAUCUUCGGACUGGUCGUUCUUCGACGGAGCAUCCCUGCCCGCAAGUGGGCUCUGUUGCUUUUGUUGGUGGUGGGUGUGGCUUUGGUCCAAAUGCCUGAUGCCAAUUCAGAGCAGAUGUCCAUCCACGAUGAGUCUGCGUCGCUUCACUUUCCUCGCUCCCUGGAGGAGUGGAAGUCUGUUAAGAGUGGCUCGGGAAAGUUGCACAAGCGCUCUGCUACAUACGAAGGUAUUGAAGAGGACAUCCAAACGGCUGACCCAAAGUUUAAUGCGACGAUUGGUCUACUCGCGAUCAUUGGUUCUGCAUUGGCCUCGGGCUGCGGUGGUGUCUUUUUUGAAAAGGUCCUCCGCGAUAGCUCGAGCCACACCUCGAUGUGGGUGCGCAAUGUUCAAUUGGCUAUCUACUCCGUCUUUCCCGCCAUAUUCAUUGGUGUCGGCUUCCAAGACGGAGAGAGCGUUUCCAACGAUGGAUUCUUCCAGGGCUACAAUUGGGCAGUAUGGGCGGUCAUUGCCAUUCAAGCCUUGGGUGGUAUCCUGUCGACUUUCUCGCUCCGCCAUUCACAGAGAGACCCCGGCUGUGUAGCAAACACCGCAACGACUAUCCUGAGCAUCGUUGGAAGCGUCUGGCUGUUUGACUUUGAUCUCACCCCAAGUUUCCUCAUUGGUUCUGCCAUAGUCCUUGUGGCCACUCAUUACUACGGCAACCCUAGCUUUAACCCUGCUGCGGCUAAAACGGGCCUCGCUCGCCCCCCGCCAAUCCGUGUGGACAAUUACGAAAAAGGUGGCGGCUACGAUGACGGGUCCCCCGUAUCCAACUCCCCGAACGACUUUUCUAUCAAGCUACCCCCCACCCCCUUCUUGUCCGAUGGCAUGUCUUCGUCACGACCAACUUCCCCAAACCCGGGCCACGCUCGCGUUAGCUCAAGUCGGAAUGUGAGCGCCAGCAACUACUUCGAACAUGAGUAG